GCACGUCUAUGAACUGGUUAAUCAUACUCGCAUUACUUGUAACGUCCUUCCCGGUCAUCGGAUGACAAAGCGCCGCUCAUCUAUGGCUCACCGAUCCGCAGCCGCCGUUGACCCGUUGACGGGACAGUGUCGUUCAUUUCGUCUCAUCUCGUCGUCGUCAUCGUCAUCAUGGAUUCGUUAUUGUUUUAUUUUCUGCCGGUAGUGGUAAUCAUCAUCGUUUGGACGUUGCAACGAAAAUUUCGUACAAAGAAAACUAUAGAAAAAAUUGAGGAUGAAUCCAUUGAAAGUAAUGAGGUAACAAGUGAUAAAAGUCGGUCGGGAAAUCGUUCAGAAUUGGAAAUUGAAACUGAUACAAAACUCCUUGAUAUCAAGAAUGAAGAAGACUGUAACUCCACCAGUAGUUCAUUGUCCGAGUACGUAGACUCUGUAUCGACUUUAUCAAGUUUAGUUUGUAGAUACGAAUGCACAGAAACGCAAGAUAUGAAACUCACUCCCAACUCGAACGAAGAAGGUGAUUAUUCUUAUAUGAAUAAUUCAUCAUCUGAAUACAUGGAUUCUUUAUCGACUAUGCCGAGUACAAUUUAUAGCAAUGAUUAUUCAACAAAUGAAAUUCAAGAGGCGAAAUUCACUAGCAGGAAAAAAGAUUAUUACCCUAACGAUAUUUCUUCUUCUUCUUCUGAGAACCUAGGAUGUUCAUCGUCUGACAACAUGGGAUCUUCGAUAACUCAACCAAGUGGUUACGAUAUUUCUACUUCUUCUUCUGAGAACCUAGGAUGUUCAUCGUCUGACAACAUGGAAUCUUCGAUAACUCAACCAAGUGGUUACGAUAACAAUGAUGAUUCAGUAAAUAUUAUUCAAUGCGUGGAAGACUUCUCAGAUGUUGGUCUCCACUCGACGGCAACAGACGAAAACGAUAUUGAUGAUAACAUGAACAAUGGUUUUAUAGAAGUAGAAGGUGUUUACGUUAAUAACGUGUAAUUAUUUAAAUUAUUUAAACAAGUGUAUACUAAG